GAGGUGGAGGCUGGAGCAGAGCAAGCGGCGGCCGCGGCGGGGCGGCUCGGCGGCGCGGCGCGCGGCCCAGAAGCGUUGGAAUCCUGAAUUGAGAGGGCUGCGCCUGAAGACAGCAGGAGUGGCGGGGCCGCCGCCGUCGCCGGAGAGAUGAGCCGGGAAGCUUGAGGCCGGAGACGCCCGCCCUCGGGCCCGUCCGCCCGGCUUCCCCGCUCCCGGCUACCGGAAGAUGAAAGAGACUAUACAAGGGACCGGGUCUUGGGGGCCUGAGCCUCCUGGACCUGGCGUGGCCCCGGCUUACUCAAGUCCCAGGCGGGAGCGUCUUCGCUGGCCCCCACCCCCUAAACCCCGACAAUCAGGUGGAGGGUUUGGGCCAGAUCCUGGGUCAGGGACCACAGUGCCAGCCAGACGCCUCCCUGUCCCUCGGCCCUCUUUUGAUGCGUCAGCUAGUGAAGAGGAGGAGGAAGAAGAGGACGAUGAGGAUGAAGAUGAGGAAGAGGAAGGGGCAGCUUGGAGGCUGCCCCCCAGAUGGGGUCAGCUGGGAACCUCCCAGCGGCCUCGCCCUCCUCGCCCUACUCAUCGGAAAACCUGCUCCCAGCGCCGCCGCAGAGCCAUGCGAGCCUUCCGGAUGCUGCUGUACUCAAAAAGCACCUCGUUGACAUUCCACUGGAAGCUUUGGGGGCGCCACCGGGGCCGGCGGCGGAGCCUCGCACACCCCAAGAACCAUCUUUCACCCCAGGAAGGGGGUGCGACACCACAGCUGCCAUCCACCUGCUGUCGUUUUGACUCCCCUCGGGGGCCACCUCCGCCCCGGCUCGGUCUGCUAGGUGCUCUCAUGGCUGAGGACGGAGUGAGAGGGUCUCCACCAAUGUCCUCUGGGCCCCCAGUGGAGGAAGAUGGAUUAAGGUGGACUCCAAAGUCUCCUCUGGACCCUGACUCCGGCCUCCUCUCCUGUACUCUUCCCAAUGGCUUUGGGGGACCGCCUGGGCCAGAAGGGGAGCGAGGCCUGGCACCCCCUGACGCCAGCAUCCUCAGCAGCAAUGUGUGCAGCAUCGGGGACCACGUGGCCCAGGAACUCUUCCAGGGCUCAGACCUGGGCACCGCAGAAGAGGCGGAGCGGCCCGGGGAGAAGGCCGGCCAGCACAGCCCCCUGCGAGAGGAGCAUGUGACCUGCGUGCAGAGCAUCUUGGAUGAAUUCCUUCAGACUUACGGCAGCCUCACUCUCAGCACUGAUGAGGUGGUGGAGAAACUGGAGGACAUCUUUCAGCAGGAGUUCUCUACACCUUCCAGGUGAGGGCUGGUGCUGCAGCUCAUCCAGUCGUAACCAGCGCAUGCCAGCAACGCCAUGGUGAGGGGCUUCCGAGUGGCUUAUAAGCGGCACGUGCUGACGAUGGACGACCUGGGGACUCUGUACGGACAGAACUGGCUCAAUGACCAGGUGAUGAACAUGUAUGGAGACCUGGUCAUGGACACGGUCCCUGAAAAGGUGCAUUUCUUCAACAGUUUCUUCUACGAUAAACUCCGUACCAAGGGUUAUGAUGGGGUGAAAAGGUGGACCAAAAACGUGGACAUCUUCAAUAAGGAGCUACUGUUGAUCCCCAUCCACCUGGAGGUGCAUUGGUCCCUCAUCUCGGUUGACGUGAGGCGACGCACCAUCACCUACUUUGACUCGCAGCGCACCCUGAACCGCCGCUGCCCUAAGCAUAUUGCCAAGUACCUACAGGCAGAGGCCGUGAAGAAAGACCGGCUGGAUUUCCACCAGGGCUGGAAAGGUUACUUCAAAAUGAAUGUGGCCAGGCAGAAUAAUGACAGUGACUGCGGUGCCUUUGUGUUACAGUACUGCAAGCACCUGGCGCUGGCCCAGCCGUUCAGCUUCACCCAGCAGGACAUGCCCAAACUUCGUCGGCAGAUCUACAAGGAGCUGUGUCACUGCAAACUCACUGUGUGAGCCUCGGAUCCCAGGCCUCAAGCCCGUUUAUGAAUGGGCGUGGGACAUGGGGGACCCUUCCUUCCCAAGAAACUCCCAUUCCUUUCCUCUCUUGCCUCUCCCCACCCAGUUCCCUUUUGGUUUUUAUUUAAAUGUUUUAAUUGAUUUCUGUAUUUUUUUUUUUCCUUUUGAGAGAAUACUUGUUGAUUUCUGAUGUUCAGGGGGUGGCCAUGAAAAAGCCUCUUUUUCUCUGUGCCCUGGGGGAGCGUGGCCUUGCGGCCUGGGUGGGGCAGCCAUCCAUCCCCCUUCUGUGUGCAGGGGCGGGGGCAGGAAAAUCUGUGCUGGGGUGGAGGGCGGGCAAAGGGAUUCCGGCCUGCCAGAUCUUCAAACUUUUUUUUAUAUAAUAUAUAAAUGCCACGGUCCUGCUCUGGUCAAUAAAGGAUCCUUUGGAGAUA